UCCAGGCUGGUGGCUUGGCGCACGCGCGGGAUUGGGCUGUGCAGUCACGACGCUGCGUCGUAUAUUCCGUCCCUGCGCUACUAGGGCCCAGUCUGUGCUGCUUCUCCAUCAGCUCCGUCAUGGCUGAUCCGCGCUUGAGGCAGAUUAAGAUCAAGACCGGCGUCGUGAGGCGAUUGGCAAAAGAAAAAGUUAUGUAUGAAAAAGAAGCAAAACAGCAAGAAGAAAAGAUUGAAAAAAUGAAAGCUGAAGCAUGCAAUGAUUAUGGAAUUAAGAAGCAGAUUGAGAUCUUACAAGAGUCAAGAAUGAUGAUUCCAGACUGCCAGCGCAGAUUAGAAGUUGCACAUGCAGAUCUUGCUCAACUACUAGAAAAUGAAAAAGAAUUGGAAGAAGCCGAAGAGUAUAAAGAAGCACGUUCCUUACUAGAGUCAGUGAAGCUGGAAGCCUAGAAGUUUUCCAGUAGUCUCUUUAUAUGCAUUAGCACUGGGUCUAUUCUACACUUUCAUUUGACUAUGGCUCUAUUACUAUUGUUGGCUUGCUAAGGUUCCCUUUAUGCAAACUGGCUUUUCUCUAACUGCAAGAUGCAUCAAAUAAAGGAUGUUCUGAAA